AGUGGACUUGCGGACUGAGACCUAGAAGCCGCGGUCGCCGGUGGCCCUGAGGUUCCGCUACGCCUCGGACUGACUGGCUGCGCUGCCUUGCUAGGCGUCCUCUGCCAUGACGGCCCAGGGGAGCCUGGUGGCCAACCGAGGCCGGCGCUUCAAGUGGGCCAUUGAACUGAGCGGGCCUGCAGGAGGCAGCAGGGGCCGAAGUGACCGAGGCGUUGGCCAGGGAGACUCGCUGUACCCAGUCGGUUACUUGGACAAGCAAGUGCCUGAUACGAGCGUGCAAGAGACGGACCGGAUCCUGGUGGAGAAGCGCUGCUGGGACAUUGCCUUGGGUCCCCUCAAACAGAUUCCCAUGAAUCUCUUCAUCAUGUACAUGGCAGGCAAUACCAUCUCCAUCUUUCCUACUAUGAUGGUGUGUAUGAUGGCUUGGCGACCCAUUCAGGCACUUAUGGCCAUUUCAGCCACUUUCAAGAUGCUAGAAAGUUCAAGCCAGAAGUUCCUUCAGGGUUUGGUGUAUCUCAUUGGAAACCUCAUGGGUUUGGCAUUGGCUGUUUAUAAGUGCCAGUCCAUGGGACUAUUGCCUACACAUGCAUCAGAUUGGUUAGCCUUCAUUGAACCCCCUGAGAGGAUGGAAUUCAGUGGUGGAGGACUGCUUCUGUGAACCUGAGAAAGAAGCACCUGGUGCCUAUGUAUUUGGACCUCAUUUACAACCUUCUUUAUGCCCAGUGGUUCUCCUCAGCAUGUCCACCCCUAACAUCACUCAUGCUGAAAAGAACCAAAUCCACUCUUUUCUCCAUGAUGAGGAGACACAUCCUAGAAAGACAAUAUACAUAUCAUUACAAACACAAAUUGUACCACAACCCUUGACUGAAAAUAAUGUAGAAAACUUUAUUUAUGUUUCCAGUAUAGAGCAAAACAACAAAUAAAACCAUAACUAUGUAAACAAAAGAAUGUUUGCUGCUAAAUCAAGAACCACAGCAGCAUCUCCUUUCAAUAAAUUAAAUGGUCAAGAACAGUGCUUUAAAAAAAUUACACGUUUCCUUUAAAUCUGUUUUCCUUAACAUUUCACUCCUGUUUAACAUAAGCUGGGACAUAAAAAUUCUGUUGGAGACACUUGUGGAAGAUGUAAGAAACUAAUGCUGGAUUCUGAUUAUACAUGAUGAAAAGAAAAAAAUAAACCAGACAGAAAGAGCA